UGUGUUGAGGGGAUGAGAGUGGCAGUGAUAUGCAUGGCAUGGAGAUGGCAAUGAAUUAGCGUGUAGACGGCAUCACCUUAGCACUUCCCAUGUAUUACUGCGCCCACUGGCCGCACAUCAGCCUGGUGACCUCGGCCAUUCCUGCUGUAACACAACUCACUCAGAAAUCCCUCAGUAUUAACUGGAGUCAUGGAGAUCAUUCAAUUGAGGUGCUGGAUGCUGUGGCAGGCAAGUCCACAGAAAACUCUCCAUAUAAGAGCAGUCCAGAAGUCCAAAUCAGUAUCUAAAGAAGCCCAGAGAGAGGAGCUACUCAACACCGUCACAUACAGAGAGGCAAAGAUAACGGCAGAGCCUUACCAGGAAGCAGAAAAAAUAUUGGCCAGGAAGGGCUACAGGCGGCCAGUGGGUGGAGAAACCGCCGAUCAGUGA